AUGGAACAGGACCCCGAAGAUGACCGACCUCACUAUGAACUCCCCCUGCGAACCUGGCCAACGCUCUACGAUGGUACCGCCUCCCCACACGGUGUCCCUGAGUGGUGGAAACCAUUGAAUCAAGUAGACGUUCUCAUUUGUGGAGCUGGGCCCAGUGGCUUAGAAGUUGCGCUAAGUCUACUCCGUCAAGGCUUGACUUUUCGAAUUAUCGACAAAGCGCCCACCCCUCUGAUUGCAGGUCGCGCCGACGGCGUUCAGCCUCGCUUCCUCGAGACUCUCUCAUCCUGGGGUUUAGCCAGCGAGGUGCAAGAAGAAGGCCCACUCAUUGAACGCACGGCGAUCUAUUUCAACGGCCAAUUGUUGCAUCAUGGGCGAUCUCACCAGUCCGACUCACGCUAUCGCGGCUUACACAUUAUCACUCAAGGCCAGAUCGAACGCAUUUACAUCCGAGAUCUUCUUCGACACAAGAUGCUCGUAGAAAGAAAUACCACGCUCAAGGAGUUCCAUGUUGACCAGAGUCAGAGCUCUGACUUGUCGCCCGAGUCAUAUCCAAUCCAUGGUAUAAUUGAAAAUGGUAUCACAGGGCAGCAGGAAACGAUUAGAGCAAAGUUCCUGGUGGGCAGUGAUGGAGGGGCUAGUUCUAUUCGAAAGCGGCUUGGUAUCCCUUUUGAUGGCAUGAGCACUGACUUGUAUUGGGGAAUCAUGGAUUGUGUCUUUGAGACGGACUAUCCACAUGCUUGGAUAUUUGGCUCUGUUGUCAGCUCUGAACAUGGCGGAUGUGUGAUCAUACCGAGAGAAAAUGGUCUCAUCCGGCUCUACACGCAGCUCGACACCUCCCAACAUGGCCCUCUCGCAGCUUCACGGCAAGCGAUAGAUCCCGAAGUCGCCGAAUCUGGAGGUCAGAUUGAUGUCGAGUCAAUUACUCCUGAUGAGGUAUUGGAACAAGCCAACAGAAUAUUUGCGCCUUACAAGCUGAAAUUCGGAGCGCCACUGAGUUGGUUCGCCGUGUGGAAAAUCAGUGAGCGUGUUGCACGCUCAUUCUCCUCUGAUGAUCUCAGAGUUCAUCUAGUUGGUGAUUCAGCUGUGAUGGGAGCGUUUGGCCUCAACGCGUCUAUUUUGGAUGCUGCCAAUCUUGCCUGGAAAAUUGGACUUUGCGUGUCCCAAGACGCCGCAAUGGAGAAGCUGCUGCCCACAUAUGACCGUGAACGCCGACUGCACGCCAACAGGGUCAUCCAAGUGUCAGGGAAAUAUCUUCGAUUUGUUUGUAGCUCACCAUUGCCAACAGCCAACCUGUACGAAAUCGGAGCGGCUCUUGGUCAUGAAACGAUUGAGGGACUUUUCUCGACAGAGGACAAAGAAGCCGCCACCACGAACGGCUCAGGACCUUCUGAUCACAGUGGUAGCAUUUAUGAGGCAAACUCACGGUAUGCUAGCUCUAUGUCUCCCGCUGAGGCGAAGGCGUUUCUGGGAGACUUCUUCUCGCGACACGGACCAUUCCUUUUGGGCGUUGACGCCGCUUAUGGGUGGAAUUGUAUCAGCCCUCCUACAAGAGACGUUGUUCCUCAAUCUCGACCUCCGAUUGCGGUCAAGAAUGGGGUGCGCGCACCUAAUCCUCGGUUGUGUUUUGACGCAGCCCAUACAGGAUAUCUAUAUGAUCAUCUUACGGGGACCAAUCGUUUCCACCUUGUGCUCUUUGUGUCUGACCUACUGGGCCCUGUCAGAGAGAAAAUAUGUCGUUUCUCAAGCAUGCUGGCAGCUGACGCCCCACUUAACUUCUACGCCCGGUAUGGUGGGCCUCGGCGUUUCAAUAUUGUAGUUGUCGCGAAAGGAACUCCAUUUGAAGUGGAAGAAAGAUUGCAGGGUGACGACCUGUGUGCUCUUGGUGAGAACGCAACCUUCCUGUUCGAUGACCGUACUCCAGAUGAAGAUGCUCAUAGCACCUAUGGAGUGAACCACCGCACAGGUGCUGUGGUGGUGAUCCGCCCAGAUUUGUGGGUUGGGAUGAGUGGCAUGCCCGAUGAUCUUGACUUGCUGAAUGAUUACUUCGCUGGCUUUUUGACCACGCGUGUCUCGGAAUGA